UAAAGCGAGGGCAUAAUCGUCAUUUCGUGGGAUCCCCCACCACCACCACCGCACACAACCGUCUGAAAUUGAGAAAUCGGGAGAAGAAGAUAGGUAUGAUUAAUUUUGCCUUUUGAGCCAUUUUGGAAAGUUCUAGUAGUUGGAUUCGUUGAACGUAAGUGGAUUUGCUACGGUUCAUCUGGUUUCUUGAGCUAUAAGAAUCCGCGAGCUCAAUUUGGUAGGAGUUCGGGUUCGUGUUUUCUGGUUAAGAGAAAAUCAAUGGCGGAGGUUGUUUUGCACAUAUACGAUGUGACCAACAGUGGAUCGGAGAAGACUAACAACACCAUUGUUCAGAUCAAUCGAUUCUUCAAAGACGGGAUCGGUCUUGGCGGCAUAUUCCACAGCGCUAUUCAGGUAUAUGGUAAUGAUGAAUGGUCUUACGGGUAUUGUGAACAAGGAACUGGUGUAUUCAGCUGUCCUAGUGGCAAGAAUCCUAUGUACACAUAUCGUGAGAAAAUUGUUCUCGGGAAGACAGAUUGCACAAUCUUCAUGGUAAAUCAGAUGUUGCGUGAGCUCAGUAGGGAAUGGCCAGGACACACUUAUGAUUUGCUGUCAAAAAAUUGCAAUCACUUCUGCGAUGUACUCUGUGACAGGCUUGGUGUGCCAAAGAUCCCAGGUUGGGUUAAUCGCUUUGCUCAUGCUGGCGACACAGCCUUAGAAGUGGCAGGAAACACAGCGAUGCGCGUAAAGCAAGCCAAAACGGAACUUGUGUCAGCUAGUAAAGUGGCUUAUCGCUUCCUUGCGAAUGUUACCUCGAACAUAACCAAUGGUUCAAAUGGCUCCAAUGGAUCUCCACAACCGUCGGGAACUCUCAACAAUUCAGACAACGGAAACUUUAGAUUGCAAGGUAGUUGGUUCAAAGGGAUACUUAACACUGCCAAACCCUCCACCAGUACAGAGAUAGGCAACAAAGAGGAAGAUGCAAACCAUCCAAUCACGAAUCAGAAAAAACAAAGCCGGGACUCUGAUGUUCUACUAUUUCAGUAGCAACUGUACUGAUCCACCACAAUACCAAAUCGCAUUCGUUUAAUUGUAAAUCUACCGAUCAGAAUGUUACUCAUCUGUAUUCAUUACUUUGUACCACCAUGGGAACCCAUCUCUCUUUUUCA